AUGAAUCCAGCAAAUCGCGAGGGCUGGCCUCCGUCGCAGGGCCCGCAGGGUGGAAGUGCCUCACAAAAUAAUGAUCAGACACAGGCGCAAGCCUCUCGUCCGAUAGCUGGGUAUGGGUCGAGUGCUGCUGGCUCGCAGCAACCUCCGCCCCAGCAGUCCGCCCAGGGGAACGGCCCUGUGCUUCCUCCACCAAGCGCACCUUUUUUUUCUCCAAACCAACCUUCAAGUCACAGUCUGCCCGGAAUUGCGGGGUUAAACCAAUCUUCCCAGGCUCCAAAUGCGCAGGCUUCCCAACGAGGUGCAUCGGCAGGUCAAGAACCAGCAGGGGGACCCCAGGCGCAUCAAACAGCGGCACAUGGUGGCCCCGGAUAUUCCCUGCCGGGGAUCAGCCAAGCAAUGCAAUCGCAACAGCUCGGACAAACACAACAAGGAAAUAAUGAUCGUGAUAGGGAGAUGCGGGACGACAGGCAUGCGGAAGAUCUCGCAAUGCAGGCCGAACAGCGGGAGCGCGAAAUGAGAGAACGGCAGCAGAUCGAGCAGGCGCCGCAUGAGAACCACGCUGGCGCGAUACAUCUGCACCAGCCCGUGGCCGUUGGCCCACAGUCUCGCGUCAUACACGGCCCGAACGGUAUUUUGGGUAACUCCACGCAGAUGGGUCCGAGCUCCAUGUCCCAGCCACCCGCGAGCAUAUUCACGUCUGGAUCGGGCCAGCAGCAGAGCGAGGGUGCCCGUUUGCAACAGCACCCCGCGCAGGCCCCGCAGCAGCAGCAGCAGCAGCAACAACAACAGCAGCAGCAGCAGCAACAGCAACAGCAACAGCAACAGCAACAGCAACAGCAGCAACAACAGCAGCAACAACAGCAGCAACAGCAGCAACAGCAGCAACAGCAGCAACAGCAACAGCAAGGUCUCAUGGUCCCAUUUGGGGGCCCCCAGGGCAUGCAGCAGUCCUUGGCUAUGGGCCAAGGACAGCAGCCUAUACUUAAUGAUGCACUGAGUUACCUAGAUCAGGUAAAAGUGCAGUUUUCUGAACAUCCCGAUGUCUAUAAUAAAUUCCUCGACAUUAUGAAAGAUUUCAAGAGUGGAGCUAUUGAUACUCCUGGCGUCAUUGAUCGAGUGUCAUCGCUCUUUGCAGGACAUCCCAACCUCAUCCAGGGUUUCAACACUUUUCUUCCUCCCGGAUAUAAGAUCGAGUGCGGAACUGGUGGAGAUCCAAAUGCGAUCAGAGUCACGACGCCGAUGGGCACAACUGUUCAGUCCAUGCCGGUGCCCCGUCCGUUGUCGAACCCUCGCAGUGUGCCUGUUAAUGGCGAUGGACCAGGCGCCUCUGAGAGACAGUUCUACGAAGCGACUUCCCGCGGACCCGGAGCUAAUUGGCCACAACAACAGCAACAGCAGCAGCAGCAACCAAGCGCUGGCCCUGAGAAUGCCUACAGCCCAAGCCGUCCGGUUGUCCAGCCGCAUUUCGCGCCUCAGCAAGGACAAGGUCAUCAGGCGCCGAUCUCUCCGGAACAUGCUAGAGCAGAGCAAAUCACAGCCGCCGCGCUCGCGCAUCAGCAAGAACAGAGGGGUGUGUCCCAACUCAGCAAUGCCGUUUCAGCUGCCACUGGUGGUUUGUUGAACAGGCCUGAUCUGAUUUCUCCUCCAGGUGGAGCUCCGAACCAAUUGCCCGCGCAAGCUCUGAACGGCGUUAGCCACUUGGCCCAGCAAGGCGCCGCCGCACAGGCCGGACUGGACAAGAGAGGCCCCGUUGAGUUCAACCAUGCCAUCAGUUACGUCAAUAAGAUCAAGAACCGCUUCGCAACCCAGCCCGACAUCUACAAGCAGUUCCUAGAGAUUUUGCAGACGUAUCAGCGUGAGUCCAAGCCGAUCCAGGAUGUUUACGCACAAGUGACGCAGCUUUUCAACUCUGCACCCGAUUUGCUCGAGGACUUCAAGCAGUUCCUUCCUGAGUCUGCAGCUCAGCACAGAGCCGCGCAGGCCAGACAGGCUGCUGAAGAACAGUUCAUGUUCAGCAACGUGCGCGGUGAGCCUGCGAGUACCCCUCAGAUGCAUCACACCCCGAGGAACGAGCAGGGCUCUGGUCGCCUCCCGCCGGUCGGCAACUUUGCGCCAACACCUAGUGCUAGCCGCGACAACAAGAGGAAGCGGGGUGAAAGGCAGGGCACAGUUGCUAGCUCGACUGCCAUGGCUGCGUCGAUACCGACCGAGGUGCCCGGUGCGGGGCAGAGGAGUGUAUUUGCCCAGACUGGGAACAUCGCGAAGCGCGCGAAACAGCAGCACGGUGCGAAGUCGGCAGCCAUGCCCGACGCCACUCCGGUCUCACCUACACUGACACCCGCUAUACCCGAGCCCAUGGCACCUACGACUUCCAUGUCGGCCACUGCCGAAGAGCUGGCGUGGUUUGACCGUGUGAAGAAGUACAUCGGCAACAAGAACACCAUGAACGAGUUCCUCAAACUCUGCAACCUGUUCUCGAUGGACCUGAUUGACAAGUCCCUGCUUCUCCAUCGCGUUCACCAGUUCAUCGGCGGGAACCCAGAGCUCAUGGGCUGGUUCAGGAAAUUCCUUGGAUUCGACGGCAAGGAAGAGUCUCUGGAGAAUCAGCCCAAGCCGCCGACUGGGCGCGUCGCUCUUUCGAAUUGCCGCGGUCUUGGCCCCAGCUACCGCCAGCUGCCGCGCGCUGAGAAGAUGCGCCGCUGCAGUGGUCGCGACGAGCUUUGUCACUCGGUUCUGAAUGACGAGUGGGCCUCUCACCCAACCUGGGCAUCCGAGGACAGUGGCUUCGUCGCCCAUCGCAAGAACCAGUAUGAGGAGGGCCUACACCGCAUUGAGGAGGAGCGCCACGACUACGACCACACGAUCGAGGCCUGUAUCCGCACCAUUCAACAGCUUGAGCCCAUCGCCCAGCAGCUGCUCAACGCCACUCCAGAGGAGAGGAUGCAGUUCACGCUUCCCACCAACCUCGGCGGCCAGAGUGAGACUAUCUACAAGCGCGUCAUCUACAAGAUCUACAACCGCGAACGCGGCAAUCAGGUCAUCGAGCAGCUUUUCUCGACGCCUUACACGGUCAUUCCGGUAUUGCUGAACCGGAUGAAGCAGAAGCAGGAGGAGUGGAAGGCGGCUCAGCGUGAGUGGGAGAAGGUCUGGCGCGAGCAGACGCAGAGGAUUUUCUGGAAGUCCCUCGACCACCAGAGUGCAAGCGCCAAGGCCGCAGACAAGCGUCAGUUCCAGGCCAAGACUUUGCAAAACGAGAUCCAGGUCAAGUAUGAGGAGCAGAAGCGCCAGCGCGACAUGCAGGGUCUCGUUGUGUCCAAGCACCAGUUCGAGUACAGCUUUACCAACACCGAGGUCCUCCUGGAUGCCUCCAAGCUUCUGCUGCUGCAUGCGGAGCACGGAAACUCGACCGACUCGCACAGGCUUUAUGGUUUCAUCAAGGAGUUCGUCCCGCUCUUCUUCGGGCUUAGUGCCUCGAAGUUUGAACGCGAGAUCGGUUCGCCCCAGGCCGAGUCCACUGACGAUGAGAUGGGCGGCAUGGAUGACGGUUCCCGGAAAUCGCUCAAGGUCAAUGGCAAGAAGGAUGAUCUUCGCCGCGGUGUUCUUGACCCUAGCCGCAGUGGGAGAACUUCGCGCAAGGACGCGGAUGAGAGCAACGCAUCCGGCAGCCGUGGUAGCACACCUGAGGCAGGUUCAGCGGCCGACGAAGAAAUGGUUGAAGACGGAGACGUCACCACUUCGGUGCCGAAGGACACUACGGCGGAUAGGUGGCUUGAACAUCCUGCCGGCGGCAACAACCUCGACAUCCAGGACAUCGCGCCUGAUGGGCCUUACAAGCGGGACACGUACAACAUGUACUGCAAUCUCCCGAUCUACUGCUUCUUCCGCAUGUUCGUCAUUCUCUACGAACGUCUCUCGCAUCUCAAGCAGAAUGAGGAGCAUGUCCAUCAGCUCGUCGCGCGGGCCCAGCACGCCAAGCCCGCUCUCGACCUCAACCUCAUCGACAAGCGUCCCGAGGAUUUCUUCCGCGAUACUUCACCAAAGGCAAACUACUAUGAGCAAGUGCUCGAAAUGUUCAUGGACCAGAUCCGUGGUGAGAUCGAGAUGCCCCAGAUCGAGGAAACACUCAGGCGCUACUACCUGCAGAGCGGUUGGCAGCUGUACUCUUUCGACAAGCUGUUGAGCUCGCUUGUUAGGUUUGCCUUCGCUCUUCUAAGCAGCGACGCUAAGGACAAGACUUGGGAUAUUUACCAGCUCUUCCGCAAGGAUCGCCAGCAAGAGGAGACGACUCACGAUGCAGAGCUCAACUACCGGAGGACAGUUGAGAAGUACUCCAAGGACGGAGACGUCUACAAGAUUUCUUUCGACCAGUCACGUUCGGUCGCGCGCGUGAUGAUUUUCAAGAGGGAGGAGCCUACAUUCGACACCAGGCAGACCAGCCAGGAGCAGAACUGGCGCGCGUACCUUUCUUCCUUCACCCGCAUCAGCGCAACUGAAGGCGUUCCAGCUGAGAAAGUUAGGAUACCCUUCAUGAAGCGCGACGCGCCCGUAGACGACGACGAGCAGGCCGAGUCAUCGCAAGACGUCAAGAGCGAGGAGUCCUUGACCAUUCGCAUCGCGCUCGAGAAAUUCACCAUGGUUUUCGAGCCUCCCACGAGCGAGUACCUGCUCAAGAGCGACCGGGUGCGUUCGGGUGGCAAGGACGGCGUGGCCGAGGCGGAGCAGGAGCGUGAGAAUCGCGUCAGCUUGGCCAAGGAGAAGAUCGUCAUGAACAACGCGUGGAUGAGGGACCUUAGCAAAGACGUCGUCGACGGCCGCAAGCAGAAGUUCCAGCGGACGGUUGCCGAGGGCGCCAACGCGCGAGCACCCAGCGUUGCGGCUGCGGCUGCUGCGCCGACGGAGGAGAAGGCGGCCGCGACGGGCGGCGAGCAAGACACGGAAAUGGAAGGGGUGUGA